CAAAGCCUUCUUCAUCAAUGAGCUUCAAAUUUUCAAUUGGAAAGGAACUUCAUUCCACUUUUUCACGCUGACGUGUUUUGACAUUCAAUUUUUUAGUCAAAAUCAUGAGGUUAUUCAGUGCUUUUUACGCCACAAUCUUACCUUUUCUUUUCUUCUUCACAGUUCCCAUCGCAAUAUUCGCAUCCAUCACUACAACUUUGGCUUUUUGCAUCCUAUGCUUCCGAGUCGUUAUCGUAUACAUUGAACUCGCCCUCGCCGUCAUUCCAUACUAUCUUUGUGGUCCUAAAGAUGAUAUCAAAGUCUCACAGUCCAAAAGGGCAAUUUACAACCCUCCGACUUUAGCCUCUCGACGUAAGAAACGAAGAAGCAGCGCUAGCAGCAGUCAAUCAGCCACUGGUUCUAUCACACCAGUACCAGCUCGCAUUCUAAAGGGCUCGGAGUCGAUGCUUGGGUUAGGUCAAAGUGUUGGAAUCACUAGAGAUUAUGAGGGCGUAGGUGGAUGGCGUCUCGAUGACAGCGGUUCUGAUGACGAUGCGCUGUGGACAAAUAUGAACUCUAGACUAGAAUUACCUGCAAAUCAUGGAAGAAGACAUCAUCAGAGAUCUUCGACAUCCAGUAGUCUACCUUCAGAAGAGCUGAAAAUUCGUAGUCCGGAGGCAACAAUGAAUACGUCGAAGGCUAGAACACCAACUUCAAUAGGAUUGGGUUUGGGAGGAGAGAGUUAUUUUCCAACAAUGACACCAAGUCCGAAAACUAAGAAGAAACCGUCUUUUGGGUCUGCGUCCGGAUCCCCUACCAGUUCGAAGGCUAGUUCUGUUGUGAAUAUGAAGCAGAUAUAAGGCAUUGGAGUUGACUUAUUACGAUUUAUGAUGGGAUAACGGUAAACAGCACGUAUCUCUAGCGUUCUUAAUAUGGAGCUUUAUGCUAUCCUAUAAUGUGAACAGUAGCCCAUUAUAGUGGGAUCCUUGGGCUUUUUGGUAUCUAAUUGAAGCAAUAAGCUUUCAUUUACGUCUAAAUUGGCAGUUUUCAAAUAUUGCAGA